CGUAUUCAGACCCUUUGCUGUGACACUCAUAUAUUUAACUCAGGUGCUGUCCAUUUCUUCUGAUCAUCCUUGAGAUGGUUCUACACCUUCAUUUGAGUCCAGCUGUGUUUGAUUAUACUGAUUGGACUUGAUUAGGAAAGCCACACACCUGUCUAUAUAAGACCUUACAGCUCACAGUGCAUGUCAGAGCAAAUGAGAAUCAUGAGGUCAAAGGAACUGCCUGAAGAGCUCAGAGACAGAAUUGUGGCAAGGCACAGAUCUGGCCAAGGUUACAAAAAAAUUUCUGCUGCACUUAAGGUUCCUAAGAGCACAGUGGCCUCCAUAAUCCUUAAAUGGAAGACGUUUGGGACGACCAGAACCCUUCCUAGAGCUGGCCGUCCGGCCAAACUGAGCUAUCGGGGGAGAAGAGCCUUGGUGAGAGAGGUAAAGAAGAACCCAAAGAUCACUGUGGCUGAGCUCCAGAGAUGCAGUCGGGAGAUGGGAGAAAGUUGUAGAAAGUCAACCAUCACUGCAGCCCUCCACCAGUCGGGGCUUUAUGGCAGAGUAGCCCGACGGAAGCCUCUCCUCAGUGCAAGACACAUGAAAGCCCGCAUGGUGUUUGCUAAAAAGGUGAGAAAUAAGAUUCUCUGGUCUGAUGAGACCAAGAUAGAACUUUUUGGCCUUAAUUCUAAGCGGUAUGUGUGGAGAAAACCAGGCACUGCUCAUCACCUGUCCAAUACAGUCCCAACAGUGAAGCAUGGUGGUGGCAGCAUCAUGCUGUGGGGGUGUUUUUCAGCUGCAGGGACAGGACGACUGGUUGCAAUCGAGGGAAAGAUGAAUGCGGCCAAGUACAGGGAUAUCCUGGACGAAAACCUUCUCCAGAGUGCUCAGGACCUCAGACUGGGCCGAAGGUUUACCUUCCAACAAGACAAUGACCCUAAGCACACAGCUAAAAUAACGAAGGAGUGGCUUCACAACAACUCCGUGACUGUUCUUGAAUGGCCCAGCCAGAGCCCUGACUUAAACCCAAUUGAGCAUCUCUGCAGAGACCUAAAAAUGGCUGUCCACCAACGUUUACCAUCCAACCUGACAGAACUGGAGAGGAUCUGCAAGGAGGAAUGGCAGAGGAUCCCCAAAUCCAGGUGUGAAAAACUUGUUGCAUCUUUCCCAAAAAGACUCAUGGCUGUAUUAGAUCAAAAGGGUGCUUCUACUAAAUACUGAGCAAAGGGUCUGAAUACUUAGGACCAUGUGAUAUUUCAGUUUUUCUUUUUUAAUAAAUCUGCAAAAAUGUCAACAAUUCUGUGUUUUUCUGUCAAUAUGGGGUGCUGUGUGUACAUUAAUGAGGAAAAAAAAAAGAACUUAAAUGAUUUUAGCAAAUGGCUGCAAUAUAACAAAGAGUG